GACUAUGACAUCUAUGUUUGAUGAUAAGGAAAAGGAAAGUUCUUUGUGUUUCUAAUAAAUAUAAUAUAUUUAUCCAAAAACAUUGUAUUUAUGGCUCCCAUAAACAUGAAAGUAUCCAAGCUUUUGGAAAUGUUUAAGGGGUUGAAAUCGGAUGCAAUUCCGAGGGCUCCAAGGCCAUCUACAGAGACUGUACCACCACAAUCACAACCUGAUGGAAAUAAUUUGAAUCAAGAUCAAAAUGAAGAUCAGGAGGAAGAAAUCACUAUAGAAUCACUAUCUGAUGACGAAAUAAAAAAAGAAAAGAAGACGUAUAAGAAAAAAAAGAAAAGCAAGGCGAAAAAACCAGACAUAGAUGAUGACGAGGAUUAUACGAAGACAUAUGAAGAAAAACGGGGCAGCUCUGGCUCUGUAAAUGUUCAAGCUAGUGGAACUGUUUACAAUAUAGUUAAUUCCCGUGGAGUCCGGUUGGGAAACACAUACUAUUUUGGACCAGUUACUAAAACAGAGCAAGGAAAAGAAUAUGAAGAGGAACCAAUUAAAAAAGACAACAAUAUUUGUCUGCUCAUGGAGGCUACAGUACGGCCUCAACAUGAGUACAUGGAUUACAUAUCAAAAAACCUUGGGAAAAAUUGGAAGACUUUCUUCAGGUCACUAGGUUACACGGAGGGUAGAAUUGAGACUGCGGAGCUGGAUGCAACUAAUCGUGGAUACAGUAUAUGUGAGGCUCGGUACAAAUUACUUUUGGAGUGGGUAAACAACGACGACAACGCAACAUUGGGUCAACUAGCUACUCUACUGUGGCGUGAAGGAGAGAGAAGUGUUGUCAAAGACCUGUCCAACAUAUACAAGAGUAAAAUGAAAUGAGGUUCUAAAUAAAAUCCGAAGAUAUGUUAGAAUUGAAAUCAAGAAAGAUCUGGUCUUUAGAUUUGCUAGUUUUAUCACUUUUUUUACAUUUGCUUAAAAACAUGUAAGUAUUGAUAAACAUGUUCAGCUUCUGUACUUCAGAAGACAUCUUGUCGAUGCAUUGUUUCCACAGCAUUUGUUGUA